UGCUGUCGCUGAACGAUGUCGAUAUUUUAUUCAAAUGCGCCCGGUUUUCCUGUAACUUGCUUUUGGGGUGUCACACAACUAUCAGAUUUUGGAGUGUUACAUACCGUGGAACAAAAUACACAGCACCUUUCCACCACCCUGAAAUCCCCUAGCCAAAUAACCAUGGACUUGGAUAAGCAACAUAUAAAUGAUGACCCAAAUGUCACAUUAACAAUCAGACUGAUUAUGCAGGGAAAGGAAGUUGGAAGUAUAAUAGGAAAGAAAGGAGAGAUAGUGAAACGAUUUAGAGAAGAAUCAGGGGCCAAAAUAAACAUCUCAGAUGGUUCCUGUCCCGAACGGAUUGUCACGGUAACCGGGCCCACCACUUCAAUAUUCAAGGCGUUUACACUAAUAUGCAAAAAGUUUGAAGAGUGGUGUUCGCAGUUCCAGGACAACUCAAACAGUGGCAGCGUUCCACGUCCCCCGAUCACCCUACGAUUGAUCGUUCCAGCUAGUCAGUGUGGAUCCCUGAUUGGGAAGGGGGGAUCAAAAAUCAAGGAAAUUAGGGAAGUUACUGGAGCAUCUAUUCAAGUAGCCAGUGAAAUGCUGCCCAACUCAACAGAAAGAGCCGUAACCAUUUCGGGUACAGGCGAAGCCAUUACCCAGUGCAUUUACCACAUAUGUAGUGUUAUGCUCGAGUCCCCCCCUAAAGGCGCUACCAUUCCCUACCGCCCCAAACCUCAAGUCGGCGGUCCUGUGAUUCUAGCUGGCGGACAGGCCUACACCAUCCAAGGCAAUUACGCCGUGCCUGCGCACGCUGAUGUUACCACACUAACCAAAAAUCCAUUAGCUGGUUUAGCUGCGCUCGGUUUGGGCGGACUAGCCCCUGCAAAUACCGGUGGCUUAAAUCCUGCAGCUCUGGCUGCAUUGGCGGGAUCUCAGCUGCGCACCUCUAACAGCUCGAGAAACCAGCAAAACUCAAAUCAGCAUACCGCAGAAAUGACCGUUCCGAAUGAAUUGAUUGGUUGCAUCAUUGGUAAAGGGGGCACCAAAAUAGCUGAGAUUCGACAGAUAUCUGGUGCAAUGAUUCGCAUUUCCAACUGCGACGAUCGUGAAAGCGGUUCUUCAGAUCGAACUAUAACCAUUUCUGGUACCCACGACGCCGUCGCACUUGCUCAGUAUUUGAUCAAUAUGAGAAUAUCAAUGGAGACCGCUACUCUGCCAGGAAUGCCAGGCUACCACUACUUGACUCCUCACCAUAUCGUGAAAGCACCCAUUCACUAAGACCGAUUUACCAAUCACAUCUGCUCUCAGACGAGACACUCAAUCUGAAAUUGUGUCAAGACAUGAUGAACAAACAGAACUGUGGGAUCGUUGAAAGUGAGUAAUAACUGCCCGAAACGAUACCACGUUCAUCAUGUGUAAUUAGAUCUGUUUAUUGGAUCUCUCAAUGUUUUUGUCUUGAACUUUGAAGCGAAAAUCGUUUUAAGUUUGGUCAACAAAUUCAUAGUACUUAGCGAUUAGAAUGAAAGACAUAUCAUAAAACCUAGCAUAUCUUUAAAUUUACAUAUCCGUUUCCAGAAUUGGUCCCGCUACGGACAUCUGCUAUUUUAUUUUUAAAUAGAAUAACUUUGAACUAGUUGCACUUGGUUCUCUGUUUUCUUCUUAUAUCAGUAAUCUUUAACGUUCAAAGUGUUAUCGAAUAUUCUAACUUUUCCAUAUUUCAUUUACAUUCAUCAUUAUUUCAUACCUCGGAAUUAGUUGAAGCAAAUUAAAUUUUAAAAAAAGUUUUAGAGCUUGGACUUCGAAAACGGCUAUACCAUAAGAAAUAAUUGUUGGAACUUUUUUGCUAAAAUCUCUUUAGAAAUUUCGUUCUCAGAAUGUCAGAAUUUGUAGGAAAUGUAAUGGAAUUAUAAGAGAUAUAGAAGCACAAAUAAAUGUAAAUCAGUUAAUAAUCAUGCCCAGGCGCUUAAAUUAUACAAACGAAGAUUAUUUAAACUUGUGCCAGAACAUGUGAUUGUGAAGGCAACCAGAAAAAUUGGAGAACCUAAAUUUAAAAAAGUAGCUGGUUUUUUUUUUAUACAAUAAUAAUUAAUAAUAUAUAAAUGGUUCUUAAUUGUGAAACAAUAGAAAAAUUGUAAAAAACGCAUCUGAGAAACCCUGUAACUACUCAAAAAUUUAAUUGUGUACUUUCUAGUCCCAAAAAACUCAAAAUCUUAAACAUAGUUCAAGUGCUGAUGAAAGAUUCCACUCAAAGUGUAACUCUUGCAAUAACACUAACAAUAUUCUUCAAUUUGCUAUUGAAUAUAGUUUGUUCAAGGGGCUAGUAAAUAAGACUGUCAAUAUAUUAACAAUAAACCAGUUGACCAGACUUAAACGAUUCGAUAUUAAUUAGACAAUAUAAUACCGGAAGUAAAAUUGGUACUGGGAACAAAGCCAAAGAAUUUCCGUUUCAAUUUUUAUAAUAUACAUAUGAUAUUUAUGUAGGUGUAGUAUUUGUAGAGCGUUAUAUUUAUUGAAUUGUAUACGUAGUUAAUGCGUGAUUCAAACUUAUCGGUUAGAUUAUUAAUUUGUUAUAUUUAUUGGUUUUGGUUAUUGUCGCGGGUGUCUUCAGUGUAGUAAUAUUGAUAAAAACAGCUUUAAACGUUUUACGGUCAUAAAGGCAUCCGGACAAAAGUUUUGUUAUUUAUUUAGAAAAUUUUACAAUAUGAAAUGUUAUGAAAUUAUACCUAGGUCUGGAGUGAUUUGGGCAAUUUCGUGAUGAUUUAGAGUAAAACUAUUAAUAAGAUGCGAGAUGGGAAUUCUGCAUUUUUAAAUAUUGGGCUGUGGAUAAAGUAUUUUGUUACUAACCAGUAGUGAAUCUCCUGUAAAAAUGUGCCAAAUUAUAUCUCUUCCUCACUAUUCUUACAGGGUGUUUGAAAUUGUAGAAACAAAACUCUCAAUAACUUAUAUUGUAUGCACGUUUUUACCCACCCUGUAUAUACCUUGUUAAAAUGCUCACUUCACUUCAUCUUAUGGCAAUCUUACCUGCAAUUAUUUAUUUUCAAAAUUAAUUUCUAGUUAAAUAUUUACAUUUUCAGAACAAACUUGAAAAACGUCAUUUAAAGUUGAAUAAACAAACGCAAUAUUUGAGACCCGGAAAAAAUGCGACUGACCCAAAACAGAUUUCUCAUUAUGUGGAUUUGAAAGUGCAAAAUCACUAGAGAUUAAAAUUAAACAAUCACUGCUUAUAUUGUGAUUUAAAUUAAAUCAAAUUAUUUUAAAGGAUCAUUGAGUUGAUUUCCAUAAAUCUAUUGCGUUCUAGCUUUGUUAACCGUUAAACCACACUUUAAUUAAAAAAAAUUUAAAAUAAAAAAUUAAUCAAUUUUUUAUUUUAAAUGUUUGUUCGCCAUGCCACAAGCAUAUUCUUCGGCAGCAAAAAUUGAUCCCAGUUUGGCACCAAAUUAAAACCAACGUGUACGUUUUAAGGAAUUGUAUUAUAUCAGCAAAUCAUAAGAAAAUUAUACAAAUUUUGAAAAACUCAUACAAAAUUUACUGUGGUCUUUCAAUCACUUUGACUUAACAUUAAUCAGCACUGUUUUCCACUCGUUCGGUCACUGUUUUGGUUAAAAAAAUAAUUUUACAUUAUUUUCAAAAGUAUUUCUUAUCCUUGUUAGUGUUAUAUUGGUAGUGUUACAUUCAGCUCGUAGACGUUGUUAUUAAGUCUACGUUUACAAUGUAGCUUCUUAAUACUUAACGUAUUUUAGGCAUAGUGAUAUUCUAACUGCACUACUAUUCUAAUCCUCUUAGAAUUUAUAACCAAAUUAAUGAGUAUGAUAAUGAAUUUGUCUAGUCAUUUUUAGCUCAAAUAUUUAUCCGAUUUUACGGUGUAUAAAAGACAUUUUUUAUUUAAUAAUUUAGUGGACCAAAGAAAUCGCUUUAGGAAUUUUGGUUUUGCCAUUAACGUAAUUUUAGACAUAUAAAUGAUGUCUCGAAUAAUAAAACCUUAAGCAUUAACAAUGUGAGUCAGUAUUUGUUCUAUACGGACUCAAUUGGGACACUGUAAACGUUGAAUAUGUCAAUAUAGGCUAAUGUAUAAGAAGGAUCUUCUAAUGUGUUUAAGCCAAUCACUUAUUAGUUUGUGUUUUUUUGAAAAGAUACUAGUCAAUUUUGAGGAUUGACGACCUGAAAUUGAAAAAACUAGAAGAUCCUUGAAAUUUUCUUGACUUUGACUAUAAUUAGGGACAAUCCUUUAUAACAAACAACCUAUCCAAUUUACAUUUUAUUCAAAAGUAAACCCUAAACCCGCACAUACAUAUAAUGAAACCCUGAAAUUUAUCUACGUAAAUUACGUUGUAAAUCAACAACUAAACGUUUAUAAGUGUUACGAACAUUUCGACCAUAUAUAUAUAUAUAAAAAAAAAUCGAUUAAAAACAAAAUGACAAAAGUAAAUAGAUAUAGCUAGUUUAGAACAGCCCCCUAACCGUUUGGUUCUUUAUAGUUGUCGUGUUGUGCAAGGCAAUCAGAAAUAAGCUUGGCUGUAGUCGCAUUGGAUACGCAAUGCAUGUGAUUGCUAUAAUGUUGAUUGUAUAAAAUGUUAAAACCUAUUUGGGAUUUGGGCCGACUUUCGUUUCCUCUGAUCGCAGCUUUCGAAUCAAAUUCGGCUCAACCACUAAUUGCUUGCAGAACUCUUAUAGGUCACACGAAUAGCUUAAAAUGCUAUAUAUGUUGUCGAAAUAGAAGAGCAUUGUUGGUGACAUUAAUUUCAUAAAGUAACAAAGUGCAAUAAUUCGUGUACAAAACCAUUGGAUUCAGAGAUUAUUUGAAAUUUGACUGAAGAUAGAAUUUCCGUUCAAAGUUCGCCCCCCGGUUGGUUAAUUUAUGAAAUUACUGACCAAACUAGCGUAUGGCGCAAUUAUUAAGUGCAUAGUUUAUAUUUUGAAUUUAUAGUUAAAGAAAAAUUUAUACAUGACUGAUCAUAAAAAUAUUUUUGCAUUGAACCUUAAAAGUGUGGACUAAAGAACUCAACUGUAAAUAAUAAUACAUUUUCGAUACCCUGAUGAUCCGCACUCUAAAGAAAAUAUAACACAAUCAUGAAGAAAUAUCGUUUAAAGCCUUUCGAAUACAGGGUCUAUUAACUAUAUUAGAAGAAAAAAGUAUUGUAGGUUAUUUUGAAAAUUUUCUUAACUAUAUAUAUGAAAAGCAAGCAGUAUUGAUUUUGUGAAAUUUAUAUUAUAUAUUUAACAUUUACUGAUGUAUUAAGAUUACGUACUAGUUGCACGUUAUUGCUUUUAUUGGGUACUGUAUAACGGGUAUAUACGUAGCCGAUUGAACUGCAGACAAAGCUUCAAUUCAAAAUCAGUUCACGCACGUAUAUCCAUUUAUUAUUAAUUUUACAAGUGUAAAUAUUUCAGUCAAUAGCGACUAAAUUUAAAAAAAAUGAUUUGAAACAGCCGAUAUACCCGUUGUGGGGCACAAGGACAAGUUGCCAAAACAAAUAUUCUAAAUAAUAAAACUUAUGAGCCUCCCUGUACAUAAAUCCUCUUGGCAACUAAUUUUCAGGGUAAAAAUGCUUAUUUUUCAAACAUCUAAAAGCUUGGAAAGUUUAUAUUUGUAGUUUACAAUAGGAGACGUGCCGUAGAUGGAGCUAAAAACCAUUUGCCGUACGAAUAAACAUUAAGUACCCAUUAGUUGUUGAGCUUUUUGCUUAAGUGAAUCACAACACGACUACAUUGUACAGCCUUUAGAAGCACGCGCUAUUAAUUAACCGUAGUUUGAUGAAGUUACCUUUUAAACUUUGACCUGAACCAGAUAUUUAUCGGAAACCCGUUGAUUUUACCAAUUAUUAGUGGGAGGGUGUGGUUGGUUGCACACCUGUAGUUUUAUUGCUCAAUAUUUUAUACUUGCUUAUUUAAUCCAUAUACCUUAUUACUAUUGUCAAGAGUAAGCAUUUUUAACAUACCUAAUCAGACGCUUAUGUUGGUAUUUGCUAAGCAAUUCAGAACGUUACAAGCUUGAUUGAGAUUAUUUACAUUCGCCGGAUAUCUGCAAAUUGGAAAAAAAUCUUAACACUGGCUGUGGACCUAUUUGAGUGUUACUUUCCCUUGUUUUUAAUUCGUUAUUCACAAAAUUGUCGUUUUAAUUUGCGCUUUCCUAAAUGUUUCCUCCUAAAACUUUUUGCCACCUUUCAUCAAGAACUUAAAUGUUUAUUGUCAAGACAGGUCGUACAAGACCUAUUGUUUUAAAUGCAUAUCUCAGAACUAUUUUCAAUAAUGUUACGUUAUGACACGAUAUACAGUGUUAAAAGUAUAAAUAAAUGUUUAGAUUAUAAAGAUUGUGCGUAUAUAGCAAUGGAACAUGUUAGACUUUCUGCACAUUCGUCGCUGUUCUUUCCAUAUCCAAAAAUGUUUAGAAUGUUUAAUACUUAAAAAUACUCUAGUGUGAUACGUUUGUUUUUGUUUAAUAAAGUGUGACUUAUGA